UAAUGGAAGGGUAAAAUGGUAGGGACUGUGAAAAAAUUGGGACCGUCCUUGGUAGGGACUGUGAAGGAGGAAGAUAAAUCUCUGUCCUCUCUCUGUCUCUCUCCUUGUUCUUGUUUUCUGGACUCGCUCUCUCUCUCUCUCUGGCAAGCCAAUCCUUUUGUGCCUCUUUAUAAUCCAACUAAAAUAAAAAUGUCCAAUUUCCAACCGGAGGAUCCUGCCCCCUACAUGAACCAUGUUGGUGAUCAAAUGCAAGAGGUUCAUGACGGUCUAGAUGAUGAUUUUCAUGGGGAUGCAUGGGACUCUGAUGUCGACGAGUUUGACUACUCUAAUAACAAAAUAGGUGAUACUUCAGCUGCUCAAGCUCGGAAAGGGAAAGACAUCCAGGGCAUUCCUUGGGGCAGACUCAGUAUUACCAUUAGCAGAGACCAAUACAGACAAACUAGACUUGAACAGUACAUAAACUAUGAAAAUGUCCCUAACUCUGGUGAUUCCUCGGCUAAAGAUUGCAUGGUCACACAGAAAGGGUCUCUUUUCUAUGAUUUCUGGCGGAACUCAAGAUCUAUCAAAUCAAGUAUUAUUCAUUUCCAGUUGAGAAAUUUGGUAUGGGCAACAUCUAAGCACGAUGUCUACCUUAUGUCAAAUUUUUUGGUGAACCACUAUUCUACAUUGAAAUGUCGAAAGCAUGAGGUUCUCAAUCUUCAAGGUCAUGUUUCCCCAUCCGAGAAACAUCCUGGAAGUUUGUUGGAGGGAUUUACAAAGAUUCAAGUGAGUUCACUUGCUGUGAAAGAUAAAUUUUUAGUUGCUGGUGGAUUUCAAGGAGAAAUUAUAUGCAAGCAUCUUGAUAGACCUGGUGUGAGCUUUUGCUGGAGGACAACAUAUGAUGACAAUGCUAUCACUAAUGCAAUUGAGAUCUAUAACAAACCCAGUGGCGCGCUUCACUUCAUCGCCUCGAAUAAUGAUUGUGGAGUCAGAGAUUUUGAUAUGGAGAGAUAUCAGCUUGUUAACCAUUUUCACUUUCCUUGGCCAGUCAAUCACACAUCACUGAGUCCUGAUGGCAAACUAUUGACGAUUGUGGGAGACAACCCAGAGGGCCUUCUCGUAGACCCCAACACUGGAAAAACACUGGGAACGGUAGCAGGACAUUUAGACUUCUCCUUUGCAUCGGCGUGGCACCCGGAUGGGCUCACAUUCUCCACAGGUAACCAAGACAAGACCUGCAGGGUCUGGGACGUACGCAACCUCUCUAAAUCUGUUGCUGUCUUGAGGGGUAACCUUGGGGCAAUCCGUUCCAUCCGCUACACGUCUGAUGGGAAGUACAUGGCCAUGGCUGAGCCGGCUGACUUUGUCCAUGUCUACGACGUCUCAAAAGGGUAUGAGACAGAGCAGGAGAUUGAUUUCUUUGGGGAGAUCUCGGGCAUAUCCUUCAGCCCUGACACAGAAGCACUCUUCAUUGGUGUUUGGGACCGCACUUAUGGUAGUCUCCUUGAGUAUGGCCGGCACCACAACUACUCUUACCUUGAUUCAUAUCUAUAAAUCAUUCGAGCUAUCAGAAGAAUAAAAGAGCUUAUUAUCAUUCACAGUCCUGUAAAAAUUAACAGUAAUAAACCGAAUCUCUAGUGGUGUUAAUAAUGAAUGUGUUGUACAAGUAAGAGAGAGAGAGUCGAUUUAGUUAGUUAUGUUUUUCUCCUUAUGAGUGUUGCAGUUCAUGUAUGUUGUACUUGUACAUAAGUGUUGAAGUUCAGCUUGGGUUUGCAUAAA